CUCUCCCUCCCGGAGUCUCAGGCUUUUUUUCUUCAUUCUCUCCUUGGGUUUGAUGGAAACUGGAUCGAUUUGGUAAAACCCAGAUCAAAUCUUGUUGACAUUUUCCUAAUAUCAAUGCUUUUUUAUUUUUGAGAUUGGGGUUUCUCUUUUUUUUUUUUUUAUCAUGAAACUCUUCACUUUCAGGUCUAUUCUAUAACACUUCUUUUUUUUUUUUUUGUUCUUAAAUGAAAAUUUCGCUACUAAUCUGAAGUUGAAUUCGCCGACUUUGAUUUGGUCAGCGUUCCGUAGUUUAGGACACAAGGUGUUUGUUGAAAUUCCGUAGAGAGAGACAGAGGCUGGAAAAUUGGUGAAUUCUGUAAAGAAAAAUGAGAGAUUUUCCAUCUUGCUCUGGUGAAAAUGGCGUUCAGAUUGCGGAUUCUUCGUCUUUGAGCGCCGGGAGAAAUGCUCAGAACUUGGUCAUUUGUAUCUACCGUUGCCGCAUCCGAGGUAGGACUUGCUUGAUCACUGUCUCCUGGACUAAGAAUCUUAUGGGUCAGUGUGUUACCGUCGGAGUUGAUGAUUCUUGCAACCGAAGUCUGUGUAAAGUCGAGAUUAAGCCCUGGCUCUUUACCAAACGAAAAGGUUCUAAGAAUCUUGAGGCCUAUUCCUGUAACAUUGAUGUCUUCUGGGAUCUCUCCUCCGCUAAAUUCGGAUCCAGCCCUGAACCUCUAGGUGGCUUCUAUGUUGGCGUUGUUGUGGACAAAGAAAUGGCUCUUCUUCUUGGUGAUAUGAGGAAAGAAGCUUUCAAGAAGACGAGUGCUGCACCUUCUUCAUCAUCAUUAGGUGCUGUCUUUAUUGCUAAGAAAGAGCAUGUCUUUGGCAAGAGAUCCUUUGCAACUAAAGCUCAGUUUUCGGAUGAUGGCAAAACACAUGAUCUUCUCAUCGAAUGUGACACCACUCUGAGUGAUCCUUGCCUCAUUCUUCGUGUCGAUGGGAAGACCUUGAUGCAGGUGAAUCGGCUUCACUGGAAGUUCCGUGGCAACGAUACUAUUAUCGUCAAUAGGCUCUCCGUUGAAGUUCUCUGGGAUGUCCACAGUUGGUUCUUUGGGUUGCCAUCAACAGCAGGAAAUGCCGUAUUUAUGUUCAGGACUACUCAAUCAGUUGAAAAGACCUGGUCUUUCACACAGGUCCCUGCGAGCUCGAAAUCUCAAAGUUUUGGCUUUUCAUUGAUCCUGUACGCUUGGAAGAACGAGUAGAGGAGAAGAGUUUUGAGAGUUCUUUUCUUUUACUCCAUUGCUAACUAAAGGUUAAAAUGGAACUGUGAUUCUUGCCAAUUUGUUUUAUCAUAUGAUGGAUCAAUGGGUUUCAAUUAUAUAUUCCCGUAAAAUGUUGGAAACCGGAUCAGUCAAGAAGAACUCUUAUUCUUCGUAGAUAUCAGUUUCGUAUGUCAAAGUUACUACGUGAUACCUGUAAAGACUCUUGUUCAAAGCCGAUUGCUUUGUUACCUGUAUCAAGAAAUCAA